GAAAAAAAGGAUAAAGUAAGAGAGAAAAAGAAAGGAAGAAAGACAGAAAUACAGAAUAAAAAGAGAAAGAAGAAUACGUUUAGUCGAGAAAGUGGAACGUCCUCGUGACUUCAACCACGUGUCUUCUCUCGUCUUUCUUGUCAUAAACGUUCGUAUCCAUUGAGAUGGUUUUAUGGUGACCCCUUCCCUGUCUAUAUGUACCUUUAUGUCGAGCCUGAAUGUGAAUGGACAGAGAGAGAAGAAAGAUCGAGAGAUCGAAAGAAAGAGAGAGAAGUAUCCUCGAUGAGAUAAUACGAGUGGCUGUGAUACGCCAUUCAGGCCCGAACUCGGGCCCGUCGAAUUGUGAGAGAGAUUGAGAAGCGAGGGUGGACACAUCAUCUGCUAUCAUGCUCACCAUAAAAAACGACAUGUCACCACGAAACGGAUCCUGCGUAGCAGAAGUAAGCUCAGUAAGAAGUUUAUCAUCGGAGGAUGUAUCAGCUAAAGCAAAUCGUAAAAAAUCAUGUUGGGCACGUGCAACGGAUCCUGCGAGUCGUCGUGGCAGAAGGAUUCAAUUAUUGCAAAUGUUGGUACUACCAUUCAUACCGAUUUUAGCAUUGAUCGUACAAACUGCCAAUACUCUCCAUGACAUUCUAAUUUAUCGGCAAGAAGUGUCCGACAUUGAAACGCAGGUAACCAUAGCUACAGAUUUAGGCAAAGUGGUGACCAGGAUGCAGCUCGAAAGAUCCGAAGUAGCGUUCUUUAUUUAUACCAAUGGCAACACUUUAAGGUCCAAUCUGACACAAAGAUUCGCUAUAACCGAUCAGGCUCUGCAUAAUAUGACAACCUGGCCCUUGGUAUCCGUCCCGAGGGAUGAAAGCAAGACGCAAACUUACGAUGUUGUCAGCAAGGAAGCCUUUCAAGCGCGUCUAGAAGAUUUCAGACAGAAAAUAAGCUCGGAAGAGAGUAGUAUACAGGAAGUUUUGGCUUGGUACACUAGCGUAAAUGCCGCCAUGCUCGACCAUUUGACCAAUCAGAUAAAGGAAACUGAUAACAGCGGUGUAUGGAGAUACUUGAUAGCGUUUAAAAAUCUUCUACGAAGCAUCGAGAGUCUCGGUAUCGCUUCCGUUUAUGGGAUCAAUUAUUUUGGACGUGGAAUACUUUUAAGGGACAAUUAUGUUAGUUAUGUACGUCAUGAGGCUCUAGGACGCGAUCUUUUAAACGGAUCGCUCACAUACGUGCCUUCUUUAAAACAAUUUUAUACCGAGCUUACUCGAACCAUGCCGGAUUAUGGUAGGAUCAAAUCUAGACGAGAUGAAAUUCUUCGAAAUCAAAAGCGUGAGCGUAGCAUAGAAGACGCCAUUGCUUAUUUUGAUUCAAUGGCAACUUACGUCGAUGAACUUCGUAAACUUCAACGCGAAUUACGUCACAUGAUACGAGACUAUGUUAAUUUAACUCUGCAGGAUGCAAGUAAUAAGGAGGUUGCUGGUAUAGCCAUUGUUGUUUUGGUCCUAAUUGUUUCUCCUAUUAUUAUAAUAUUAGUACGCAAUGCAGUGGCUACCAUUCAAAUGUAUGCUGCCAAUUUAGCACAAAAAGCUCGCGAAUUGAAAAGAGAAAAAAGAAAAAGCGACACGUUGCUUUUUCAAAUGUUACCACCUAGCGUAGCUCAACAACUCAAACAGACACAACAGGUGCCAGCUGAAUAUUACGAAGCAGUGACCGUUUACUUCAGCGAUAUUGUUGGUUUUACUGAAAUUGCUGCUGAGAAUACACCACUCGAGGUUGUCACAUUUCUCAAUUCGAUUUACAAAUUGUUCGAUGCCCGUAUCGAGUGUUACGACGUUUACAAAGUUGAAACUAUUGGUGAUUCUUACAUGGUUGCUUCCGGUUUACCAGUUCGAAAUGGUGAUAAGCAUGUAUCCGAGAUCGCAACAAUGGCUUUAGAUCUAUUGGCAGCAUCCUCAGUUUUUCAAGUACCAAAACGUCCUGGUGAAAGACUUCAAAUACGCAGUGGUGCACAUACAGGACCAGUCGUAGCAGGUAUUGUUGGCAGUAAAAUGCCACGGUAUUGUUUAUUUGGUGAUACCGUGAACACAGCGAGUCGUAUGGAAUCCACAGGCGAAGCUUUACGGAUUCACAUUAGUUUAGAAAUGAAAAAGGCCUUGGAUGCUGUUGGUGGAUUUAAAAUCGAGCAUCGUGGUUUGGUUGACGUUAAAGGCAAAGGCCUAAUGGAUACAUAUUGGUUGGAGUGUAAGGAUGGUGGAAUUGCGAGAGCAGCUGAAUUGGAUUUGCCAUCAUUCUUUGAAGAUGUACGACCAGUCUUUAUGCGCCGUUUACGAGAGGAAGGUACUCUCUGAUGCGAGCCUUACUCUCGGCGAGACCUGUGGUAUAUAAAUCGUCCCGUACGAACUUGUAUACGAUUAUCUCAGCCAAAUCUCAUCGACCAUUUGAAG